AUGAAUAGGUUUUGGAAUACUAGGAAAUUUUCAUUAACAAAUGCGGAUGGAUUGUGUUCCACCCUAAAUGAGAUAUCUCAAAAUGAUGAAAUUCUUAUCGUUCAGCCUAGUGUUUUACCUGUACUCAAUAGUCUAUUAACUUUUCAAGAUUUGACUCAAUCAACACCUGUUAGGAAAAUUGCAUUACUCGAUGAUCAGCUAAGUGACGAUUUGUCCAGUGCUUUAGGAAACGUUCCGCAGAUGGAUCUUAUCUUUCUUAUUGAUGUCAGAACAUCUCUCCGGCUUCCUCCACAGCUGAUUGACGCUGCUCAAAAGCACAACCUGUCAUCUUUGCAUAUAAUAUACUGCCAAUGGAAACCGUCUUUUCAAAAUACUCUAAAGGAUUCAGAACAAUGCCAGAAGGAUGGUUGUGCUUUGAAUUCAGAAAGAUCACAUUUCCCUAAUAUCAUUGAAUCUCAAUUAAAGGAAUUAUCGAACGAAUAUACUCUUUAUCCUUGGGAUCUGCUACCUUUCCCACAGAUUGAUGAGAAUGUUUUGUUUACUCAUUCUCUUUAUAACAUGGAAAACACAAACAUGUACUAUCCCAAGUUACGCUCCUUACAAAGCGCCACAGAGUCAAUACUGGUUGAUGAUAUGGCCAAUUCGUUGCGGAGUUUGAUUUUUGAAACUAAUAGUAUCAUAACGAAUGUCGUGUCCAUAGGUAAUCUGUCUAAGAGAUGUAGCCAUCUUUUGAAGAAACGAAUCGAUGAGCACCAGACAGAAAAUGAUUUGUUCAUUAAGGGCACGUUAUAUGGCGAACGGACUAACUGCGGCCUAGAAAUGGACUUGAUUAUCUUGGAAAGAAAUAUCGAUCCUAUAACGCCAUUGUUGACACAACUAACGUAUGCGGGAAUAUUGGAUGAUCUAUACGAAUUCAACUCUGGAAUAAAUAUAAAGGAGAAAGAUAUGAAUUUCAAUUAUAAGGAAGAUAAAAUAUGGAAUGAUUUGAAGUUUUUAAAUUUUGGAUCUGUUGGGCCGCAGUUAAAUAAAAUGGCCAAAGAACUACAAACGCAAUAUGAUACGAGGCAUAAAGCCGAGAGUGUACAUGAAAUCAAAGAAUUCGUUGAUUCUUUGGGUUCUUUGCAGCAAAAGCAAGCUUUUCUGAAAAAUCACACAACCUUAUCAUCGGACGUUUUGAAAGUGGUAGAGACUGAGGAAUACGGAUCCUUUAACAAAAUAUUAGAGUUAGAACUAGAAAUUUUGAUGGGAAAUACGCUCAAUAACGACAUUGAAGAUAUUAUACUAGAGUUACAGUAUGAAUACGAGGUUGAUCAAAAGAAGAUUCUCAGGUUAAUCUGUUUAUUGUCUCUUUGUAAGAAUUCACUUCGAGAAAAAGAUUAUGAAUAUCUAAGAACUUUUAUGAUUGACUCUUGGGGCAUUGAAAAAUGCUUUCAACUUGAAUCCUUGGCUGAGUUAGGACUUUUCACCAGCAAAACGGGAAAAACUGAUUUGGAUAUUGCAACAAGCAAGUCAACAAGAUUACAGAAAGAAUACCGUUAUAUCUCACAAUGGCUCAAUACAGUACCCAUAGAAGAUGAGCAUGCUGCAAGUAAACUUACAAACGAUAAUGAUGACUUCUCAGAAGCCACUUUCGCUUACAGUGGUGUAGUACCAUUGACAAUGAGACUAGUUCAGAUGUUAUAUGAUAGAUCUAUAUUGUUCCACAAUUAUUCCUCACAGCAGCCUUUUAUACUAUCAAGAGAGCCCAGAGUUUCUCAAACCGAAGAUUUAAUUGAGCAGUUAUACGGAGACUCGCAUGCAAUUGAAGAGAGUAUAUGGGUCCCAGAAACCGUAACUAAAAAGGUCAAUGCAAGCAUCAAGGGCAAAAAUAGACGGUCUAUAGACGGUUCUAAUGGAACAUUUCAAAUCGCAGAAGAUAUUGCACUCAUAGUAUUCCUUGGAGGUGUAACGAUGGGUGAAAUAGCCAUAUUGAAACAUUUACAAAAAAGGUUAGGCAAAAAAGGCAUCAACAAAAGGUUCAUCAUCAUCGCCGAUGGCUUGGUCAAUGGUGCUAGGAUCAUGAACUCUAUAUCUUAA